GUCAAGGACAUCACGGGCGACGGCAUCAUUCAGGAGUACAAGAAAAUUGUUGAGGACCGCGUGGUGCUGGCCAGGCUUCUCCACGAUGAUCUGGCCGGCGAGGAUACCUGGGAGGCCCGGGAUACUUUGAUUCAGCAAAGCAUGACGGACCAGGUGUCACCGGUGCCUAACAAGUCCUUGCUGAAAAGCAAGGGGACCGUCGUCGAGCUGCAGGCCCAGCUGAAAUGCUGCAGCAGCAUCGAGGAGCUCCCGAAAUGCAUCGAGCACAUCCGGGGCUGCAUCAGCCGUCCGAGACGUGACAAAGAAGAGGAAGCGGAAGACGAGGCGAAAAAGAAAAAGGCGGAGGCGAAGGCUUCUGCAAAAGCCAAGGCGGCGGCACCAGCGAAGCCUCACACAGGUGAUCAUAUCUUCGUCGACGUCUUCGGCAAGCUGCCGGCGGUGGAGAAGGUGACGGAGACCGACGCGGACUCCUUCUUCCACCACUUCAAUGCUUCUGUGCCGAGGUGUGUGGUGGUCGGCAUGGUCGAGCCAGCGAAGAUCGUCGCGGAGCCAUUCUUUGAUGCCCGGGUUGCCAUUUUUGUCGACCAGUUCCCAUCGAGCUCGGCUGCCGUGAACACAGGCAGGGCCUUCAUGAAGAUGGGGAGUGACAAAGCGUUGGUGAAGCUCUCCAACCACUACGCAAAGCUGUCAUCGACUUCUCGGCCCCAUAGACUGUCGGAGGACAAUGAGAAGCUGCUGAGCGCACCCGGCAUGGUUGGUGUGGCGCCGGGCAGGACAAACUUUCACCUGUUGGAGUUGGCGUCUUUCCGCCACACCUUCGGCUCCAACAAGCUGAACAUCAUCGUGAUGCCGCUCGACGGCUUCAUCAAGAUGUGCCAGGAGCUUGAGCUUGGGAACAACAUUUGCACAAUGGCCACGGCUGCCAUGGCAAUGGAUGCAAAGAUGACGGAGGCUGUCAUCAAAGGUGGCAGCCAGGUCACAUUGGAGCCUGGUCAGCUGCUGUACUUGCCGCCGCUGGUCGUGGUUUGGGAGCGCUGCGAUGCCGCGGCGUGUUUCGUGAGCUACAAGUGGGUUCCAGAGGCCGUCGACAAUAUGAAAGCGACGAUCACCGAGGCUUUCAAGCUGGAGGGCUGGCCUCAGAAUGAGGUACUCACUCGCUGCCGUGCCAACAUGCAGAUCGUUGCAGAUGCUUGGGAAGUGAAGUGA